AUGAAUUUGUUUUCGUCGUUCGUAAACAGGUUUCAGCUGAGUUUGCGUGCUCUUUCAACCACAUUGCCAGUCCAGAAUCAACUUCAGGUAUGUCUUUUGACACAUAUAAUAAUUUUGUUUUCGAUUGAAUGUUUAUGUAUUCUUUUAGCAAAUGCACUAUAAUGGAGUACCACACCGCCGACCGCGUGCCAGCAAAAAAUCUCCAGUUUCCGGGCAGAACUAUUUCAAAGGAAUCGUUUUGAGAAGUAAAGUGGUUUUAUUUUAACGAAACUUGUUUCUGGAUAAUUCGGGAUCGUACUGAAUCAAAACGGUUUUUAUUGAUCAAACAAUUAUUCUUAAGUUGUUAAUAUGUCUUUUUAUCUUAAUAAUUAACAGUUUUAUUAAAAGUAAGGUUAAACCGUUAUAAUGUAAAGAAACACUAUAUUUAUAAAAACUAUUCAGCAUGAUUUCGAAUUGCCCGUUUUUUUUUUGGUCUGCAAAUUGUCAGUAAAAUUUGUUAUUUUUAUGAUACUAACCUAUUGUAAUUUGAAAAAUACUCUAAACACGCAACGAUUGUUUUCGUAUUUUAGCUGUAAUCCGACAUCCCAAAAAGCCCAACUCAGGAAACAGAAAGUGUGCCAUUGUCAAAUUGAGUAAUGGCAAAGAAGUGUGUGCCUACAUUCCGGGUGAAGGUCACAAUCUCCAAGAACACAGUCAGGUCCUGGUUGAAGGCGGUCGACGUCGUGAUCUUAUCUCCGUCAAAGCCAAUGUAAUCAGAGGGAAACUGGAUUGUGCUCCGGUAAAAUCAUCUAGGAAAUAA